AAAAGGAAGAAGUUCAAUACAGACAGAAGAUAGAGACUGGCAGGUUGUGCAGUUAAGGAAAGGGGAAACCAUUUAUAGGGCUUUGGUGAUUUUCACAACAUCAGCAACUUGUUAUACAUGCAAUGUGAUGAAUACAGAGAAGAACUUACAAUGCAUUGAGUUGAUUUUUAUAAUGCAUCAGGGGAGACAACUUCAGGAUAUCCACACUCCUCCUGAAUUCAAGGAAGGAAUUGUAAUGCUGCAAUGAUUGGGGGUAUGUAUUACUUUUUUUCAGGUUAACUUUACAACUUUAGAAUUAUUCAUAAAGAAAGCAUAUAUCCAGAUAAAAUAAGAAGUUUAUAUCAAAGUAUUUCAAUUUCCCUUCUUUUUUAAAGUCAAAUUUAAAUUAGUGAAAUUGCUCAUUUUUGUGAACGAUAUUCUUUCAGAAAACAUAACGUAUAGCUUUGGACAAAGUUUUUCUGUCAUAUAUGUAUACUGGAAAGAUAAAUCUAUAUACAUAGAUAAGUUUGCUUUUGAUGUUUGCUAGAGGAAAAACUGUGUAAAAAAAAUAGACAUUUUAUGUUUUGAUAUUGAAAUCGACAUCAAAAUGUCAUAUUUAUGAUGUUCUGAAUCUGUGUCAUUUUGAUCGUGACAAAUUGAAAAUAAGUGAAUCGCAUGGGGAUUCACAAAAUACUCUUAAUUAUGAAACAAAAGACAGGAUUAUACUGCUGCUGACUUUGAUUGGCAAAUAGAUCAAGCCCUCAUCAAGAUAAGAAUGAGCACUUUGUACAUAGAUGUUCAGAUCCUAACAGUUAUAGUGAAUUUAAUUGGUUCAUGAGCGGGACUUUGUAUUCUUCUCUAACAACUAAUAAACUUUUGUGGGUAUAUCAUCACAUAUAGUUUUAUGGUGUGUGUUUUUGAGUGAAUUCGAGUGAACAGGAAACUGGUACAUCUAUUAAUUCAGUAUCAAAUUUAAUUGAUUUCUCAUUUUGUUUCAAACAACUGCACUUCAUAGCAACAUAAUCUAAAUAUUUUACAGCUUUCAUUUCAUUGAUUCAACACUUUUAUCAAAAAUUUUAUACAUUUCUGUAUCAAUUUGUACACAUGCAUUAUUUAUUAUAUUCAGUUACUUAGUGAUAAAUUGCAAUUCGUUGAGACUAUUUUAGCACAUGUAUUUUUUGUAAAUAAGUAAUGGGGAUAGAGAAGGCAGUUUUAGAAAUAAAAAUUGAGAGGAACCAAAAAAAAAAAAAAACUAUUUCCUAUCUAGCAGGAAGUUAAAUUUGUGAUUUUAUUUAUUUACAUAUAUAAAUCUAACUGCAAAACAACAAAGACAAAUUAGAUUGUUACAGGGGAAACCCAGCUUAUCAAUAUUGUGAUAUAUGUACUUGAAAGGAAAAUAUUUAAGCAAAUUAUCUGAGUAUCUUAAACAUUUUAGAACUUGAGUACAUACUUUAAUCUGUAAACUGUCAUCAAUAAUGCUAAUUUAAUUUGAUAUGUUGACUCUGAGAAGGCAAAUUAGCUGGCUUACUUGGCUGUCAUAUAGACGAGAUGCAUGGUGAUAGUCGUCAAAAAAUUAAUUCUCUCAGCAAACUAAUAGAUUGUGAAAGAAGACAGAGAACGGACUUUUAGGGAAAUGGUCAUUUUUUAUUAGUCUUGUGUUUUGUCAUGUUAGAAACACAAUGUGCGCAUGCACAUAUGCUUAGGAAGCACUUGGGUAAGUACUUGCAUAGAAAUAUAGUAGGAGUUGAAAUUUAUAUUAGUUACAGUUUUUAUCAUGAUACAGUAUCUGUGUGUGGAUCUAUGUAUGAGAUUAACAGUCCUUUAUUAGUCCCGGAGUGUGGAUUGGGAAAUUCCACCAAGGGGAUAAGAUUCGUAGUCCAGGACUCUGGGAUGAGGCUUUGCUGAAAUCUUGUUUCGCAUGAGUAAACAAUGAAGGAUAAGUUUUCUCACAUUUUAUCCACAGUUUAGUCCAUUAAUUCAGGACCUCUAGGAAAAUUCAAAAUUAUGAGCUUAAAGACACUUGCUACCAAAGAAAUUUUCGACCUCCAUUUGUACUUCUUUUUCUUUUUUUUUUAAUACAAUUUUUAACAAACUUGGGACUGAAGAGUAUUUAUUGAUACUUAUUUACCAACCUAGAGCAAUUUUUCAAUCAAUGUGUGAAAAGGAAGCAAACAAUUACAGAGUGUCUCGAUAUGGAGAAGCUCUGAAAUCAAAAGACCCAGUAAACACCAAUAUUUUGAUCCACUUGAGUUAAUUCAGUGUGUAAUGUUGAUAUUUUUACAUGCUUUGCAUAUUUAUUCACAUUUUGUUUAGAAAUAUUUGAGAACAGAGAAUUUUGAUUUGUUUGUAUCAAGUGUUCUUAAAUACAACAACUAAUUAGACAGUCAGAGAUUGAUUGAUAUGGUUAUUGUUUAACGUCCCACUUGAGAAUCUUUCACUGGUAUGGACUAUGGAGAUGUCACCAUUGCCGGUGAAGGGCUGCAGAAUUAAGGCCUAUGCUCUGCGCUUACAGCCUUUGAGCAGGGAGGGAUCUUUAUUGUGCCACACCUGCUGUGACACGGAACCUCGGUUUUUGCGGUCUCAUCCGAAGGACCGCCCCAUUUAGUCGCCUUUUACGACAAGCAAGGGGUACUGAGAACCUAUUCUAACCCGGAUUUCCAUGGGACGAUAGUCAGAGAGAGUAUAUCCAAAAAUGAUUUGUACUUUAUUUGUAAACUAAAACAAAACUCAAGGCUGUUUCCAAGAAAACUUCAUGUAUAUCAAAUAGAAAUUUGAAGAAAAGAAUACAAAAUAUUUUACUUCACCAAGUUAUGUUAAUCAUAAAAAUAUACAUCAUAAUUAAUUACGUUGCAGCAGUGUAAUAUAGAGAAAUUCAACAGGGUUGUCUUACGUACACCAAAACACACUGUUUUACUCUGGUAAUUAUGAGAAAAUGAUUUCCUUCUUAAAUUGAUCAUUUUGUGCAAUGAAAAUGAUUAUAUUGAUUUUGAAAUGUAGACAGUUUAUGUCAGUGUGGUGUGGGAUGUUGAUGAAUUUCAUAAGAUAUGGGUGUAUAGAUAGGAAUCUAUAGCGUUUGAAAUUAAUUUGUAGACAAAGGGGAAGUGAAUACAUGCAUCACAUUGGAGACAGGAUGCAGUGUUUCCCUGAAUCACUUGAGAUUAUUUUUUUCAUUAGUCAUAUACCCCUGGUAUAUAUAUAUAUAUAUAUUAAAAUUAACAGGAGGAGAUCUAAUCCUUUCACUCUUUUUUAUUAAUGUGUACAUUGGAUACUGAGUUGUGGCAGUGAUGCAAUUAUCACAAAUUAUUGGCUGUGAAUUAAUAAUGUGCAAAAAAGCUAGAUGGGAUCAAUAGACUUCCUAUGACAGCAUGUACAUAUUCAAUUGGACAGCUGGUGAACAGGUCCCUAUAAUUGGACAACAGAUUUCUCCAAGGGUCUUAUGGAUCAUACAGUCCUGUGUGGAUAAUAGAUAGUUGGAUUUCAAUAUUUUUGGACUUGACUCUAUGGUGGAAUGGGAAGAAGAUGGCCGUAUCGAGUUUAUUUCUUGCUGAUGUGCAUGUUUUACAUGCUAAUGGUUUUUUUCUUCCACGGACAACUGCAACUAGAAAUCCUUCAAAACAAGCAAAUGAAAGGCAUUGUCAAACAUGUUCAUGCUGCUCUGCUAAAAUUCAAUGAAAACACGGAUAAUGCAAUCGGAUUGAGGAGGGAACUGUCUCACUAUAAGAUUCAUAAUGAAUCAUUACGUAGAGGACCCACAUUGCCUAUGACAGACGGCUGCUUCAAUUCCCCGAAGAAUACACGAUACGAGUUUCAGACCGUGAUCCCCAAUAGCCUGUAUGUGUACUCAGCAUACUUAGAUGUUAGAGGCAGCCAGGCCUAUGUGAGGGUUAUGACCAUUCUAGCCAGAAAGAAAAAAAACAGUAUUCAAGUGACUUGCCAUUUUAGUGACCAGAAUGGAUGGAAUAUCAGUGCUGUUGUAUAUGAAAUGUGUGAAAAUCAUAACAAAAUGUUGGGUGGGUACAUCUUAUCUUGCCCAGUGUAUAAGGAUUCCAAACCAUGCCAUGUUGUGAUUGAGGCUAGAGAAUCAAAUUCCUCCGAACCAAAGUUUGUGUCUGUCGGUGUAACGCGGAUUUCAUCAAACACAGCACCGUACAGUUUUGGGUUGUGCAUUCCACCCCUGUUUGGUGAGGUUGAUAAAGGGAGGCUAGUAGAGUUUAUAGAAUUAAAUCAAUUACUUGGUGCUCAGCAUUUCAUAUUUUACGAUUUUCACAUAUCAAAAAAGGAAACUAAACAAAUUCUUCAGUAUUAUAAGGAGAGGGGUGUGGUUACUGUGUUACCGUGGAUUUUACCCAGGGAUAUUAAGGAACCUUGGCUGUGGUACCAUGGCCAGUUAGUGGCCCACAAUGACUGCAUGUACCGAGCCAUGAGUCUCUUCAAGGUCAUGGUGCUGCAAGACAUUGACGAGUACAUUGUGCCACACACUUCCCACAAAACAUGGUUUGAGGCAUUGUCUGAACUUUUACAAGACAGAGUGGUUGGCCUCAGCUUUCACAGUGCAUUCUUUGAUCCAGGGGACCAAAAUUCACCAUCUCUUGUCACCAUGACACAAUUUUCAAGAACUGCAAUGCAUAGCAAGGUUCGAACUAAGGUUAUGGUCGAGCCCUCAAAGAUAUUUGAGGUUGGAAUUCAUCAUGUCAGCAAACCACUUCAAGAGGAUUUUAAUAUUAAGACGGUUGAUACUAAAAUAGCCAAUCUUCACCAUUAUAGAAAGUGUGUCAAAAACUAUGGAAUGAAAUGUGAUAAGUUUGAAGAUGAUAGGACAAUGCUCAAAUAUUCUAAUGUUUUAAGAAACAGAUUCAGUUAUAUCAUGAAUCUCACUUUAGCAUGAUUUCGUAAUGUGCAUCAAUUUUCAGUAAUGUUCUUCAAAGGAUUUUUAUGCUCCCUGAAAUAUUUCUGGGGGGCAUAAUAGUCAAUGUUGUGUCCGUCCGUCCGUCCGUCCAAGCUCAUGUCUCCUGAACCUUUCAUCAAAAAUGGAUAUAAUUGAUCACAAAUUUUCCUUUAGACAAGGACUUGUGCACAAGGUCUCUUAGGUCAUUUAGGAAAGGUUAAGGUCACUCAGAACAUAUAAAAGUUCCUUAUUUCAACAUUCCCAUCUCCUUAAUAACCUCUCAUCAGAAAUUGAUCAUAAUUGAUCACAAAUAUUCCUUGGGACAGGGGAUUUUUGGACCAAGGUCAUUUUGGAAAGGUCAAGGCUACUCAGAAAAGAUUCCUCAUAUUAGGAAAAACCUUCAUUUCAACAUUAUUUCAACAGUUAUUGAUCUUUUGGAUCAAGGUCAUUUUGGAAAAGGUCAAGGUCACUCAGAGAGAAAAAAACUUCCUUAUUUAACAGUUUUUUUUAUAACAGGAAUGAUCAUAUAUAUCACACAAAUAAGUAAUAGGCAAAUGACUUUUUAAGAUUACCCAAGGUCAUUAUGUAAAGGUCAAGGUCACUCAACAUAAACCUUAUAUAUAUAUAUAUAUAUAUAUAUAUAUAUAUAUAUUAAAAAACCCUUCAUUUCAAUAGUCAUUGCUCAUACUGUCAUUUUUCAUAUGAAGUAGUUCAUUGGUUAGAUGCAGUUUGGGGAGCAUCGAUCAGUUUUACUGGUAAUAAGUUUAAUUAGAUUAACAAAUGAAUAUUUUAAUUUUGACAGUUCUUUGAACUGAUUUUUUUUUCAACUCUUUCCCAUUUUAAACUACUUUGUUGCAAUUUUUGCCUAAGUUCCAGAUUUAAACGCAACCAGAUGUCUCCCUUUAGACUUUGUUCUACUUUGAAACUUUAUUAUUAUUUAUUUAUAACAGUAUGAUAUAGAAUUGGAAUCAAUUUUAACAGUCAGUGGCAAUCAUCGUUAUGAUCUAGUCACACGGUUACCCAAGCAGGCGGUAUGGACACGUGAUAUGUAUUUUAAUUGUUAGGACAAAUGAGAGAGAGAACUAGAUUAUAUCGACUUACAACGACAAAGUUUUUGUGAUGACAAUUGAAAAAGUCUUGCCAAGCUUUUAUAGCAUUGCAUAAUCCUUCUCCUUUUUCUGUUCAUAUUGAAAAUUAAAGUGCUGGGAGAAAUGUUUUGAAUAUUGUAAUUGUAAUUGGUGUACAUGAUAUUUUUUUUUUAUGUAAUAUUUAUUUUUAAACCAUGAGAGAUGAAAGCAAGAUACACCAACAAGGACAGAAAUGUAUUAUAGUAAUGCUUGAAGAUUUUGGGUGUAAGAAUGCAUUGAUUUAUUACCUUUUAUAGGCCAUAGUCUUAGUACUGAUAAGAAUGCUAAAUGUAAAUUCAGUGGUGCCGUAUAUUGAUCUCAUUUGUCUGUGCAGAAUGUUUCAUUCACUUACAGUACUGUUAGAUUAAUGAUUGACUCUGUUUAUUUACUGUACAUGUACUUUGGAAAUUUGUGUCCAUUAAAUAUGAUUUAAUGAUAUAAAUGAAUUAGAUUGAAUAAUUGUAGAUGUGUGUCUCUUGCAUCAGUUAAUAAUUUGCAAAGUGUGUCAGAUUGUAGCAGUGAAAACAGUCUUCGAGUCAUGUUCCAAGAUAAUGCUUGGAAGUUGUGCUGAGUAUACAUUUACAUACAUGAAAGUUGUGAUAAGAUGCAUUUAAGCAGAAAGUAACAUUAGGUGAAAAUUUCUCAGGAUACAGUUGCUGUAUCAGCAAAAUGUCUUGUAUGUUAUGGUCAUUUAAGGGAAUUAUUUUAUCAGUGCUGUGAUUUGGAUACUUGGACAAAAUAUAGAUGUCAAUACAUUGUAUAUUUAAGGACCAAAUGGUAAAAGAAUGUGUAUCGUAGCCCUAAUCUCGAGUGUAAAUUGGAAUUACAUUUGAUAGCAGAAGUGUUUGAAUAGAUUUGCUACUUUUGAAAGUUGAAAUACAAUGUAGUUAUAAAUUUAGUUAUGAAUCAUGAAUUCAGUAUGUACAGUGUUACAAUGCGUUCUUUUCUCGCAAUUUUUGUUAGACUUGACAAAAAUCUACAAAAAUCUAGUUUUUUCUGAGCUGUUGGCUUUUGAAUGUAUCGGCUAAAAUAUCAACCAUAUUCAAUUUAAAAUGUUUACAUUUACUUUUUAAUCUUUUUGAUAAAGAAGCAUUGAAAGUUUUAAUAACAUCUGCUUAUAACUGUAAAGACCGAAUCACUAAAGCGUGUCAGGUGGAUGAACACGCUCGAGCAUGACGUCGACAUCUCCCCGUAUGCAGAAUGAAAUCAAUUAAAGCUUUUUUGCCCAUUCCCAUCUCAGACAUAAAUGCACCUCAUUCGAUGCUUAGAGAAGUUGAUCUUGCUUUAAUGUGGUUAAUAUUACCAACCAAACUCCAGAAAUUAAUCCAAAUUCGGUAUUUUUCAACUAUUCUUCAUUCUGUAAUUGGACUUCCAAUUUUUCAAAAUGACAGCAUUCCUGACUGACACUGGUUCACUGCUUUAUAGUGAUAGUAUACCUACGCUGUUUACAAUUAGAUAAGAUGUGAACUGUUUAAAAUUCAGAUUGUACAACUUUGUUAAUAGUUUGAUGUUUAUGAUAUAUAAUUGAAAAUCAAUCAAGAAUUGGAUUAGGGCUGUUCCAGAAAUGAUCAAAUGGGGGGGUCGGGCGGCAAAUGAUAUUUUUUUGUGUGGGUGGUCGUAUUUUUUCAUAUUUUAUUUGGUCCGUGGUUGGACUGUUCAAAAAAUAUUUAUUAUGGGUAGUGGGUAGUUUCUAUUGUUUUAUUUUGUGCCACGUGGGUGUUGAGUUUUCAGAAUAUUUUUAUUGUCGCUCUUGUCGUGUUGGUUACAAAGGAAAAUUGAAAACGUGCUUUCGAAAUGCUGCUUUCGAAAUCGGAAGUAACAUAGAACUAUUCGAGUUGUCGCUCUUUGCAGCGCAUAACUUUCCAUUACGGCACUCUUCAAAUUAGAGGCGCGUUUAGUAGGGUCCCUUUGGACGUGAUGGCGGCAAACUCUGUUCUGUAGAUUAUUACAGUUUACAGUGCAUUGAUUUUGGGAAUAUUUUGAAACCAAUAGGUAUUCCAUUUUCUAAUAAAAAUAGGCAAACCUUAGUUGAUUUAUACGAGGGUACCGAUGCGUUAUAUUUAUCAGUCAGUGUGAUGGUGAUAUAGAGGCCUCUGGGCGCGGGCUCCAUUAGAAGACAAACGAUUCGUGGAAAAACAUAUCCAUACCCAUUUCAUGAUAAUAGCAUCAUUUGGACUCCCAAUCUUUCCAACAUUCCCGCCAUAGAUGCGUUUGAUUGUUGAUGUGACAUCGUUUCUUCAGAACUACUGUGAUACAAUGUCGCACAGGCAUUACCGCGUCAUUGACUAAAAUGUUUGUCCCGAAAACCUCGCAAGAUUUGUACCGUUUUCAUUUUUAAAAAUAUUUUUGUGGUGGAUCUGGUUAGUUUUUUUUUUUAAUUAGAUGGGUCAUUGUAAAAUGAGUUUAUCAAUUUGAUGGGUCAUGGGGUAAUUUUUAAAUUUUUUUUAUGGGUGCUUGGUAUAUACAAAAGGUGCCUCCCGACCCCCCCAUGUAUUUAUUUCUGGAAUAGCCCUUAUUAAAUUUUUCAGCAUUGCGCACUCUAUUUUAUUUUAUGAUAUGACAUAUGUGCUGUUCCUUGGCUGUUCUUUUAAUCACAACUUACUCAAAGGAUUAGGUGGAAAUUUUAAAAUAUAGAUUAAAAAAUGCACAGAUGAAAAAAGGUUUUAAAAAUGUAAAUAUUAACAAUAAAUUUGAUAUAAAUUUUUGAAAGAUGUAGUCUCAUAAUUGCAACUUGCCUAAGACACUAACAAUGUUCACUGUACUGUUAUAAUUUUUUUUUAGAAUAUGAAAAAUUACUAAGUUUUUGCUGUCAAAUUUGAAAAUAGGAUCACUAUGCUGAAAAACAGAUUUUCAUUUUCAUUUCGGAGUACUUCAACAUAGAAAUCAUUUAAUUUCAGAGAAAUCAAAAUGCUAAGAAUGAUCAGGGUAACGUCACAUGUAGUCCAUUCCUCAGGACGUCAGUGUAUUUAUAAGUGAACAGAAACUUCUUCUUAUGUGUAUUUAUUUGGUAUACAUGUGGAUUAAUUAUUCUUUCAGACAAAUAAAUGUCAAACCAGUGCAUGUCUCAAGUUUUAUGUGUUGUUUAAAUUACAUGUCUGACUAAAAAUUUUCUAUAUAGUGCUUUCAUGUAAUACUGUGUUCUCUUAUAUUUUCGUUGAUUUGAAAUCCAAUAAAAAACAUUUAAAAAAUCAAA